UCUCCGUGCACCCACAACCAUGAGAUUGUCUCUUCGUAUUGCUAUCCUUGUAGCUUUCAUAGUACUGCUACUGGAUAUCCCAUCGGUGCUAGCGGGGUCUGACUACUAUGGGGUCCUUGGGGUGGAUAGAAGCGCGACAAAGCGUCAAAUAAAAAAAGCAUACAAGGAACUAUCUAAAAAGUAUCACCCAGACAAGAAUCCUGGAGAUAAGGAUGCCGAGGCCAAAUUUGUCGAACUAGCGCAAGCAUAUGAGGUGUUGGCAGACGAUGAGAAGAGACGAAUAUAUGAUCAAUACGGAGAGGAAGGUCUCAAAGGAGGAGGUCAUCAACAGUUCCACAAUCCAUUUGAUAUCUUUGCUCAAUUUGCCGGAUUUGGUGGAGGAUUUGGUUUUGGGCACCAGCAUGCACAGCAGCGAAAGGGCCCAGAGGUAGCCAUGAACUUGGAGGUGACCCUUGAGGAGCUGUUCUUGGGUACUACGAUUGAGGUUGAGAUCAACAAACAAAUCAUCUGCCCAACUUGUCGGGGGUUGGGCGCGAAGCGUGCAGAAGAUGUGGUGAAAUGUACUGCCUGCAACGGGGCUGGUAUCAGGAUUGUGCGACAAAUGUUGGGCCCGGGAAUGUAUCAGCAGAUGCAAACGACAUGUGAUGCUUGUGGCGGUCGGGGUAAACUUGUAAAGAGCAAGUGUCCCGCAUGCGAAGGGAACAAAGUAAAACGUGGGAGUCAUCAGCUGACAGUAACUAUCGAGAGGGGCAUGUACGAUGGGCAGCGAAUCGUCAUGGACCGAGAAGCAGACGAAUCUCCUGACAUGACCCCUGGUGACUUGAUCUUCACCUUGAGUACACUGCCCCAUCCAACGUUUACACGAAAGGGUGACAAUCUGUACGUCAAGGAAGUCAUCACAUUAAAAGAAGCCCUUCUGGGCUUUGAGAAGAAACUAAAGCAUUUAGAUGGAAAUGAGAUCACGAUACGAAGGGAGGGAAUAACACAACCUGGAUUUGUGCAAACGAUCAAAGGCCAAGGAAUGCCAACGCAUGAAUUCCCGAGCGAACGAGGAUUCCUAUACGUCGAGUAUGGGGUAGUGUUGCCAGAGAAAUUAACGGAGGCGCAGAUCAGUCAGAUCAGCAAGCUUUUCGACUCGUAGAUUCUCUUGAGUUUCCCUGCGACACUUGUACACCACCCUCAUACAGACAUUCCUGGCGACAGCCCCUUCCCAUCAUAUCUCAGAGACCUCUCCUUUUAAUAAAAUAUAUUUUUACAUUUCAAGUAUCUACAACAUAAUA